AUGUCAAGUCACAGGAAAUGCACGUUCACAAAGAGGCCAAUUCUCUCAGAUGAAAAGGGAUCAGUGCAGCUGUAUCUUGCGGAGCUGACGCAAGAGGGAAGAGCAUCAGGAAAGGUGAAAAUACUGGACAUAUGCGAGAGCAUUAGAGCAACAGGCAAAAUAGAUGAAUUGCUGUAUGAAAUGGAGUCAAACUAG